CAUUGGCUGCAAUCACAAAAGCCCAGCUAUAGAUACAAAUACCCGCUACGUUUUUGUUAUUUAUUGCACUACCUUAUGUGUAACUCAAAUUGCUGAUCCGAAAUUUUACUCAUUUGUAGAAAUUAUUUUAUGAAAGAUAAAAUUAUCAAUCGUACAACAAUUAAAAUAAUAUCUAAUGUCUUGUAUCCUCUUUCAGCAGUUUUUUUCUUUCUAGUCAGGAUGGCACAAGGAAACUUUUAUUCACCCUGUUGUUUGUGUGGUGUGCUAUUAAUUCUGCGACUAGAGUUGGUGCUUCAAAAAUGGAGUCUUCAACUUCAGGAUAUACGGCUUCAGAAAGAACAACUGUACUUGCCACUUCAACCUCAGCAAAACCAGCUGCAACCUCAUCAGAUUCUUCAGGUGCAACAAUGGUUAUAACUACAGAAAGACUUGCUUCAACAACCAUGACUACAUCUUCAGAAAAGACAAAAGUAACUGAAACAACAAAUACUGCAUCCACAACCACAACUGAACAUUCCACUGCUACAGCUAAAAGAGUGGAAACCACAACUACAGCUUCAUUAACUACAUCUACAAGAAACGAUCCAAAAACUUCAAUAGCUGUAACAUCAGAAUCCACAACUCUUACUUCAACAACAAUACCUACAUCAUCAGAAACAACUGCACCUGUAACAACAUCAACAACUACAGCAUUGUCAACUAGUGAAAUUCCCACAACCGCAGUUGUGAGUACAGAGACCACACCUAUUACUUCAACAACACUGCCUAUGACUUCAGAAAGUACAACAGCAGAAACCACGAAUACAGCUUCAUCAACCACAUCUACAGCAACAGACGAUCCAACAACAUCAACAGCUGUAACUUCUGAACCCACAACUCUUACUUCAACAACUAUGCCUACAUCUUCAGAAACAACUGCACCUGUAACAACAUCAGUAAAUACAGCAUCAUCAACUACUGAAAUUCCCACCACCACAGUUGUGAGGACCGAAAACACACCCAUUACUUCAACAACACUGCCUACAACUUCAGAAAGUACAACAGCAGAGACCACAACUACAGCUUCAUCAACCACAUCUACAACAACAAACGAUCCAACAACAUUAACAGCAGUAACUUCAGAAUCCACAACAUUUUCUUCAACAACACUGCCUACAACUUCAGAAAGUACAAGAGUGGAACCCACGACUACAGCUUCGUCAACCACAUCUACAACAACAAACGAUCCAACAACAUCAAAUGCUGUAACUUCAGAAUCCACAAAUCUUAUUUCAACAACUUUGCCUACAUCUUCGGAAACAACUGCACCUGUAACAACAUCAGUAACUACAGCUUCCACAUCUACUGAAAUUCCCACAACCGCAGUUGUGAGUACAGAGACCACACCUAUUACUUCAACAACACUGCCUACAACUUCAGAAAGUACAACAGUGGAAAUCACGACUAAAGCUUCAUCAACCACGUCUACAACAACAAACGAUCCAACAACAUCAACAGCUGUAACUUCAGAAUCCACAACUCUUACUUCAACAACUAUG